UUGUUUGACUAUAUAUUUAAAAAGAUUGCCUCCAAUCCUACAAAAUGUUUUUUAAAACCCCUUUUUUGUUUUGUUUUUUUAAAAAAUAAAUCAUAAUGAGUGAUCAUUGCUUUCAAAUCUAAGCCUCUGCUUUGUGGCUGGCUGCCUAGAGGAAAAAGGAACAGCCUGCAGCAUGGAAGGAAUUAAAAAAGGCUUAUAGAAACUUUGCGACUAGUGUUGUUGGCAGCUUUCUUUUUUUCCAUCUCUCUCUCUCUCCCUACUGAUGAAGCAUAGCUGCGCUUGGAGAGAUACCUUUCCCAGCUUACUGUGUCUGUUGCCUAUAGAAGCAAAGGGAGAGAGAAAGAGAGAGACAGAGACAGAGACGGUUGACGGAGGCUGCUGUGGUUCAGCUGUCUACAAGAUAUAUGGAUCUGUCUCGCUCGUGCAGGAAAACUAUCACCAGCACAGUGAGAGCAGGACCAUCAACUAGCGUCUAAGGAAUUAAGCAGCACCCCUCUGCCUGUCGCAAUGCAAAACCCUGGCGUGCAAAGGAGACGAGAGGAAAGUGUACUUUCUCCUUGGAAAGCCUAGUCUUCCAGCUCAAGUGACAAAACAACAGCUGGUCUCGUCCUUCUUCCAAAGCACCUGCAUCUUAAGAGGGGAUGCUUCCAGGACACCUUGCAGAAAGCAGUCUAGGGUACACCAACCAAGGAGGUGUCUUGAGGGGUCACUCCUCUGCUCCUGCUUACGAUGAAAGAAAUAUCAUGUUGGCUACUGGUACUGCUGUCAUUUUGGUCAUCUGAAGGUGGGAAGUGGAAAAAGACCAGACUCUAGUUCUUCUGAAUAUAGUCACUGAUGUUUGCCUUCUAAUGAAGACAGGAGUCUGCUUCCAAAAGUAACCAAAGCAGACUUUUGCAAGAUAACUCAUGGAUCUGUGAGCCAUUGAGUGACACUGUUGGUAGGAGAUCUUUACCCCCAAACUCCACUGAGACGCUUAUUCCUUACUGAAGAGAACACAAAUAUUUUUCAGCCAGGAAAGUUUUUUAAAAAGUAGAAAAAACCCACCACCCAGAAGGAACAUUUGAUUGAUUCUGCCAUUUCCUUAGGCAAAGCCAUGUGAGAUGACCCUCUGAUGAGAACUAUUCCUCUACACAAGGCAAAGACUUCAGUCCAUCCAAUACUGAUGCAUGAAUUACCUCCUAAUUUAAUCUUUAAGACACUAUCAAAGAAGGAAUAAAGAAUUUAUGAGUGAACAGAGAAAAUGGAAAAGGCCUGAGUAAGAAAUGACUGAGGUCUAUUUCAGAUUCCGUGGAAAUCUUACUGGUCGUGCCCACCCACCCCCAACCCUGGCUACAGGAGUGGCAAAUGCAGAUAAAUACUCCAACUUGUAUAUGUAUGUAGGGUUGUUUCUGACCCUACUGGCCAUCCUACUCAUUCUACUUUUCACCAUGCUCCUGCGCCUGAAACACGUCAUCUCCCCUAUUACCACAUCUCCAGAGAGCACUGAGAACAUCCAGCAGUUUACAGAUGUUGAAAUGCAUGGCAGGAUCCCCAGUACUUAGUGGGCUGGGAAGCAACUGGUUGCAAAAAAAAAGACUGUCUGCAGUAAGAAACCAAUUUCAUAUGGUGGAAGAUUCUGCUCUGGCAUUCUAGAUUUCUGGAGUACAAACUCUGGACAGCCUUGAGGGAUGCACUGGCAGAGGGUUGGCCUGGAUGGCCUUUGAGGUCCUUUCCAACUCAGUGAUUCUACAUAGAAGUCAGUUUGCCUUGGAAAUGGCAAGACAAGUAUCCAGCAAGCUUAGCUUUACACUAAGAGCUGUAAGCAGCAUGUGCUGUGACGUUUGGUUUCAAACAACCUACCGUACAUAUAGACAAAUGAAGCUGCUUUAUAAUGAGCUGGUAUAAUCUGACCCUGUACUCAUCCUUCUGGACUGGUAAGAGCUCUCCAAAACAGCCCAGGUGACUCAACAGAACUGUUUUUUUGCAGGAGAAAAUAGAGGACUCCUGGACUUAACGAUGAAUAAAAGCAAUAGAAGGAACUAGCACUGUAUCAAAACCUGUUGCCUAUUUCUCCCUCUGUGAAAGAGGUUGCAGGUUUUAUCUGCCUCAUUCUCAGGACACUUGAGCACUUCUUCAGAAUUCUGGUAGCUGUAGGAUUGAAACACCCUAAUUAUUGGGAGGUGGCCUUGGUGGUGUGGGAGCUUUUCAUUCCAAUAAACACUUCUUGGUGCUUCUGCAGCCUCCUUAGCUGCCUGUGCUUCUGAAAGAGCCCCAUGGGAGAAACUACUUCAUGACUUAUUUCUGGGUUUUAAUUGAAGCAUGGGAAACCUAGGAAAACUAUUACUGAGUACCUGCUGUGCUUGCAGAUUUUAUUUCUAAGAGAAGUAUUCCUUUUUAACCUUUCCACACUGAUUUCUUUAAAAGUACAAAGACUUCACUUAAAAAAACAACAGUUGUCAGGUGCACAGUGGGCAGCAUCCUCACCUCCCCAUACCUUAAGAAAAGCCCAGCUGAUGAUGUCAUGGUGUUGUCAGGAAGGGCACCCAGGAAGGCUGCAGAGCACACACUACUGGGGAGAUGAUUUGUAGAGUGAUAUAAAGCACACUCACAAACAGCUCUAGGUCACCUUGAAGGUAAGUGCAACAAAAACAAAUAUCCCCACAGAUUCUUUAUAAUGCAAUUUCUUAGAUGGCAGAAAUGCAGGAGAAUUUUUCAGUAGAGCAUGAGAAACAAUAUGAGCAUUAACCACAAGAUUAAAUACUAUAUAGCGCCAUAGCUUUUCUUGGUUAUAAUCAGAACCAGUGCAUAAUACAUGAACUAAAGUGUGAGUGAGAUGUAUUCUUGAAGGUCAUCUUUGCAGCCAAAGAUUCUGUCUCUGCUAACAAACAUGAACCGUGGCUUAGUGAUUCUGCAUGGCUCACCCCAGGAAAGCAAGGAAGUCCAAAAUCUUUCUCUCUCAAAUGAUUUGCAAAAUCUAGCUUUCCUGAAAUAUACACAUUCCAGUACAGCAAUCUGUUCCAAGACCAGAACAACUCUAAAGAAUGAGUUAUUUAACUGGUUCACUUUAACUGCAGGAGCCAAUCGCCAUUGGAAAGAUUAGUUUGUUCCACUAAAAUUAACAGGAACUGCUAUGCAUGUGUCCUAUGCACCAGGACACAAAUUGAUCUCUGGAUUGGCAAAAUUAACAUUCACACUUUGGGACACUAAUUUGCCAGUCUAUCAAUGAGUUGGGCAACACCCACUGGCUCCAAUUGAAAAGUAAUAAUGCUAAAAUACAUCCUUUCUUUAAUCCAUCUGAAUACUAUUCCUUCUAUUUCAGGUUACUUCCCAAAAUCUUUGAGGCCUCUUUGCUUUCAGUGUGACUAUGGUACCAAUUGGUGCCUUGUGGUUUCCUCUGAAAGGACAGCCCUGCUGGAUGAAACCAAGGACCCAUCUAAUCCAGCACCCAAUUCUCAUAGUGGCCAGCCAAUGGGAAGCCCAAGAGCAGGACAUGAGCACAACAGCACACUCACCACUUGUGAUCCCACCCCACCCUCUUGGCAUGCCACCUCUGAUGCUGGAAACAAUAAAAAGCUGCAACUCUCCUGCUUGUCUCUGCCUCCCAGGUCAGACCUGACGCAGGAGCACAGCUGAGGCUUGGUGUGAGCGCUUGCCUGGGGGCGGCGGGGAAUGGCGGCCCCCUCAAUUUUGGGGGGGGGGGGCUCAGCCUCCUGCCUAGAAAUAUUGAGGGAGCUGAAGCCCCUUCUUCCCCCACAGCUGGCGCUCCACCUUGCUACUGCUACAACUCUCUGUCCAUGUGUUCUUUUGUGUGGACCCUGGUCAUAAAAACAGACACAGGGAAUAAUAAUAAUAUUUAUUUAUUUAUAUGCCACCCAUCUGACAGGGUUACCCCAACCACUCUAGGCAGGUUCCAAAAAAUAAAAACACAAUGUUACAUCAAAGUGCAAGACUAGUCACCUCUUGCUGGCAAGCAAGCUGAACAAGAUGAAUGGGCAGUGACUGCAAAAAGGAAGGGACGAGAGCGCCUGGGGACUCUAAAAGUGGGCAAUGGGGUCCCUUGUGGGGAAUGGGGCCUGAUAAGCACCCAACAAUGCCUACCUUGCAAAUUUGGCACUGCCAAAUAAAAGAAUAUACAAGGUGGAGAAAAGUCUUUAAACCAUAAUGGGUCUUGGGGGGGGGCAGCACUCAGGAGGUUAUUCUUAGCAGGUGAUAAGAGAUAUUGCCAAUAUACAGGCAUAUCUCUUUUAAGUGUUCUUUCAGAGUGAGCACCUGAAGCUUACGCAGCAACAGAAUCCAUCUGUAUAGCCGUGUGCUUAUGAAUUAUACUAAUUAAUCAGCUAACACAGUCCUCUUUGUUUUUUUCAUUAAAAGAUGAUAUCUGCAAAGCCAUCUGUGUUAGGUGUGUAACAUUUCAGGGACAUGAACUAAUCUCAGCUCCAUUUUGCAAUCUAACCUAGAAAUAAAAUCCCAGAGGGUAUUCUACUAUAUAGCAUUCAUCUGCCAAUUCCCCUCUCUCCAUGAAGUGCAAAUUCCCCAAACCCGAGCCAUGCUAAAAUUAGCAAUCAUACACACACUCUUGCUUAUGUCAAUAACAAGACCAUGUUUCAUCCAACACUCUGGAAAUUAUGGUGUGUUUUGUUUUGUUUUCAAACAAAAGAUGGGUGAAUCUGUCCAUUUCAAUUUCUCCUCCCAGUUUCUCAUUUUUUUCCAGUCCUAAGUUUGGUUCUCCACAUGUCCAUACUAGUUUGCAAUUUAUUUAUUUAAAGUCCUCGUGUAGAUUCACCAACAUUUUUGUGGUAAUUUCUCCCAAUAUACACAUUUGUAUACAAUUUUGCCCAAUACUUUUUUUUUGCAAAACAGUUUCCCCUUACUUAAUAUGUUUGUGUAUAUUAUUUUUUACUAAUAUUUGCAUUGCCAUGCACACUUUGCUGCGUAUACACAGUUUUGUAUAACAUUACUUGUCUGGAGAUCUGUGUUGCAAAAUUCAGAGAUGACUGGGUUUGCUUAUUGUUGUGGAAAACUGGAAUGGGGCAGGUUUGCCUUUAAAUGCUAAUUUCCCCUCAACCACUAUUUUUAAUAUACACACAUACACGUGGUUCAUUCUUGGUGGGGUGUUACUUCUUUUCUCUUGGGAGUUUGGGCUAAUAUUGUGUAUGGGGUGGGGGACUACUAGAAUACAGCUGCUCCUAUUUAUAUCCAUAGCACCAGCUUUAUGCAACCCUUUUGAUAAGCAAUUACCUCUGUGCAACCUAAGCUCCAAAGCACUGAAAGAAAGCCAAGGGCCAUAGUAUCUGUUUUGCAUGCAGGAGUUCCUUGGUUCAACCCAAGGAAUGCUUUUUCAUAUACUGUAACCAUCAGAGAAUUACCUGUGAGAUUUUUUUUCCUAUUGUAAAUUUAAAAAAACACCUGAUUGUAUAUUGAACUAUAUAUUGUAUGCAGGAUUAAUACUUAACACUGUCAGAAAUUACAAUCCUAUUUAUCAUUAUAAAUAUCCAUAUUUUUCUGUCUAAUGUAUUGUGUCCUUUAGUGAUUUGGGGAGGUUGGCCACCACAUAGUAUGAGUCUUCGAAACACCACGCUGGGGAAUGUCAGGUUAGGAUGAAAAAUCAACCAAGGGCUCAAGGCACCUGGACCAAUAUUGCCCCUUGAUCUGUAUAUGGACAAGGUCUAUUCUUCAGUCCAGUCUUUUGUGUAUAUUCCAAUGAGGUGCUAGGAUGGGAAUCUCCUUACAUUGGGAAUCCACCAUGUACUUCCAAAGAACGUUCACCUUUCCUUUGGGACAGUUUGUUGUUGUUUAUUAUUAUCAUUUCUUUAUUUGGAAAAUGUUGACACACCCACACCCCACCCUGGCCCUGGCCCUUCCAAUGCAUUUGC